UGCUCGGACACACUGAAAGUUUCUUGGACAUAUGUCCAUGAUUGAGAUGGCCGCAUGAAACUUCCCAAGUUCCCACUGUUCUUCUCCGCCUUGCUCCUUUUUAAAGUUUUUCUUUCCCCCUAAUGGUCAAAGAAAAUCUUGCUUCCUGAGAGUUUUCAGUUGCUUAAGUGGUGAUUGCUGAAGAAGUGAUUGAAUUGUUUGCUCCAUUCCUGUGAUUUUUUUUUUUCCUCGGAAGAGGCUGUGUUGGAUGAGCUUUUCUGGGUCUACUCAAGGAGCUCAAUUGCUUCCAUAUGCAGAAGCAAAAAGUCAUUUUUUCACCCCAGUUGGUGAUUCUCGUGUCGUGGUCUGAUCUUCCGAAGUUUCACCUUGGUUCAGUUCAGAUUCCAACGAACGGCAUCGUUUGCUUCACCAGACGUUCUACGCAUACGAGUGAUUGACCGGUUGGUCUGUUCGUUCUUUUGGUCAACCACAGUCAAUUGCUGUUGCUUACAAACAUAGAGUUCCAAGAGUGUUUCUGCUUUUUUGGAAUCUGACGUCCGACGAAGUUGAGCCUCUUAAGUUUCCGGAGUUGUAGGAUCUCUUUUUUACCUUUUUUUUCUUUAGCACUGUAGAAACUGCUGAGAAGAAGCUGAAGCGACAAGUUUCGGCACUUGCUCUGGGUUAUGGUGUCAACUGGGUCUAUGUGCUUGUUUGGGUUGAUUUGAAGAUUCACGUCGUGAAAUCUUUUUCUUGUGUAUCCCAAUCGCGGGUCUUGUCCCUUUUUUUCCUGCUUUAAUGGAACCAUUCGCAUUUCGGGAAGUUGGACUGUCUCAGAAAUAACUGGAGUUUUGGUGCACUCAGAGUUCUCUGUGUUGAAAUUGAAUUUGUGAUAUGGGGAGUAAUGGGGUGGAUCACUCGCUUGAAGAAUCAGAUGAGGGAAUUAUUGGCAGCGGCAAGGAAGUGAUCACGGAUUUGCUGCAAUUAGGUGGUAGUGAUGAGUCCGAGGCAUUUCAAGAUGCUGGCUCUUCUAUCGAGCAAGAAGACGGGAAGAUUGGUUCUGAGAGGUCAUCAUCAGUUUUGGAGAUUUCUCGAUCAGGAGAAUCCAACGCCAAUUCUUCAGCUCAAAGAAGUUUGGAUCAUUGCAUCAGUGCUCCUAGCGUACAUCGCAGAAAUAUUCAAUAUGAUAGUCAGGAUAUUACAUUUUACAGAUCCAUGACAGAGAGAAAGGAAACUUCAAGGCACAAUUUGUUUGACAGGCUGUCAGAACGUGAAAAGAAAAAGCUCAUUAUUGAGCUAGUCAAAAUUCAAAAUGAUGGCACGGUGGAAGUUGAUUUGACCAAGAAUGACAGUAUGGCUUCAGAAUUGCUGGAGCUCCAUUCUGUUGAAUCAGCACCUCUCAGUGUCGAUGAUUCUAUCCUGGACUCAAACAAAUCGGUUCCAAGGUUGAAAAUUACCAUGCUUAUUGUUGGAACAAGAGGAGAUGUGCAGCCUUUCUUGGCUAUGGCCAAGAGACUUCAGGAAUUUGGUCAUUAUGUCAGGCUGGCUACUCAUGCCAACUUCAAGAGUUUUGUGAGGUCAGCUGGCGUAGACUUCUAUCCUUUGGGUGGUGAUCCUCGAGUUUUAGCAGGAUAUAUGGCCAGAAAUAAAGGUUUCAUCCCAUCUGGGCCCGGAGAAAUAUCUAUUCAGAGAAAACAGCUGAAGGCUAUAAUUGAAUCUCUUCUUCCAGCCUGCACAGAACCGGAUACAGAAACUGGAUUGCCUUUUAGAGCUCAGGCAAUUAUUGCAAAUCCUCCUGCUUAUGGACAUGUACAUGUCGCGGAAGCUCUUGGUGUACCUCUUCACAUCUUCUUUACCAUGCCAUGGACGCCAACAUAUGAAUUUCCUCAUCCAUUGGCACGUGUGCCUCAAAGUGCGGGUAACUGGCUUUCUUAUGUAAUCGUCGAUCUCCUGAUAUGGUGGGGCAUAAGAGGCUAUAUUAAUGACUUCAGGAAAAGGAAGUUGAAGCUACCUCCUAUUGCAUAUUUUAGUACAUACCGUGGAUCGAUAUCUCAUUUGCCAACAGGAUAUAUGUGGAGUCCUCAUCUUGUGCCUAAGCCGAGUGAUUGGGGACCGUUAGUUGAUGUUGUUGGCAAUUGUUUCCUUAACCUCGGGUCGAAGUAUAAACCUCAGGAAGAAUUUUUUGAAUGGAUUCGAAAGGGACCAAAACCUAUAUAUAUUGGGUUUGGGAGCAUGCCUCUUGAAGAUCCCAAGAAAACUACAGAUAUCAUAAUUAAGGCAUUAACGGAUACCGGACAAAGAGGGAUAGUUGGUCGAGGAUGGGGUGAUCUCGGGACCUUUCUGGAUGUUCCAGACAAUGUUUUCCUUUUGGACGACUGCCCUCAUGAUUGGCUGUUUCCCCAGUGUUCAGCUGUGGUUCAUCAUGGUGGUGCAGGAACAACAGCUACGGGGCUGAAAGCUGGGUGUCCUACGACCAUAGUUCCUUUUUUUGGAGAUCAGUUCUUCUGGGGCGAUAGAGUCCACCAAAGAGGCCUCGGCCCUGCACCCAUACCAAUCUCCCAGCUCAGCUUCGAGAAUCUUUCGGACGCCAUAAGAUUUAUGCUUCAACCCGAGGUGAAGUCUCGGGCGACAGAAAUAGCGAAGCUGAUAGAGAACGAGGACGGGGUGGCGGCCGCGGUCGACGCGUUCCAUCGGCACCUGCCCCGAGAGCUUCCCUUGCCGGGGGCGUCUUCGGACGAGGAGGAGCUUCCCAACCCUUUCCAGUGGCUCUUCCUCCAAAUUGAGAAGUGGUGCUGCUCGGCAUGUAGUAAGUAGGGGCGGCCUUUCUUUUGGAUACAUUGAGAGUGGGGUGUAUAGAUAGAUGUCUUCCCUGUUGUUAUGUUUUUUUUUUUUUUUUGGUCCCUUAGUUAUAAUUAUUUUUUUUUUCCAAUUUUAUUCAAUCAUUCAUUUCAUUCUUGUCGGGGGUUUGGCUGACCAUUCUAUUUCAUUCAACAUGGCAUAAGAUUGAUUUUGCCACUGCUUUGUGUAACAUCCUUAGGCUUCGUUUUAGCCGCUUGUGUUGUAAUAAGAUCGAUCGAGGUUGAAUUUCAGAUGCACAUUCGAUGAG